AAUAAUACUGUUGGAUCAGUACUCUUACUUGCCGUCGCACCUCCUUUCCUCCCUCCCUGCACAGGCCCCUCCUCCUCCUCCAAUCCCAGUGUGCUGACUCAGAGUAUACCUCCGGGGCCGUCCUGUUCUCAGUGUGGUCACCAGGAGGCGCUGGAGGCCAAUGCCUUUCAACAGACCGCUGCGGCUCCACUAACAGGCCACAACUCAACGACUCUUGGGCCGACCGAGCUGCCGUCUACCCCGAAAACACCAACGAACAAGAUCCGACCGCUGGCGCCCGGACCCAAACCUCAGGUCCCCCCGAAGCCAACCCACCUCAAGCAGCAGCCAGGGGCAUUGAGGCCACGCCUCGGGGUUCCGGAUAAGCCCCUCCCCCUUAACCCGCCCUGCAGAGCCCUUCCAGUCGACCCCCGAGGGGACUGGACUCUGCCCAGCCGCGUCGAUGGCACCGCCUCCCCCCCCUGCGUUCUGUCACUCAUUGAGAAGUUUGAGCGCGAGCAGAUUAUUGUAGUUCCUGCCAUCACCGGGGGGGCUCUGUGUCACCGCCUCUUCGAUCCACCCUCCUCAGCCGACUCUCCCCCACUGGGUGAGGAGCUGCUCUGUGAGCCUGAAGGUCAUGAUGACCUCACAUUGGGCUGUGAGGGGUACUGCGGCCUGCAAGAAGACCACGAUGAUGAUGACGAUCACGAUAUUGAUGACGACAAUGAUGAUGAUGACCACGAUGAUGACGCCCACGAUGAUGAUGACCAUGAUGAUGAUGACCACGAUGACGAGCUUGUGGCAGCAUGUCGUGACGACCUUCAUCAGAAGCGUCUCUCCAUGGAGUCAGGUUAUAGCGCCUCAGAAAAACACCUGGAGGAGGACACGGUCGCCGUGGAGAUGAGGGAGCAGCCGCUGCCUCUCGACCAGUCGGAGCUCCCCUCGGAGCAUCUGUCCCUGCCGUCCUUGCAGACAGAGGGCAAGCUGGCUAAUCGGGACAGCGGCAUCGACAGCAUCAGUUCUCCGUCGCACAGCGAGGAGCUGUGCUUUGCUGGCGUGGACGACGGGGGCGUGGCCUAUCCCUGUAGCCCGGCCCUCCUGUCACGCCUCUCUGGCUUGUCCUCGUACGUGGUGGAGGGAGGGGGCGCGUCCAUAAGGAGGAGGGACUUCUCUGUGGAGGGCGACAGCGACCUGGAAGAUGAGGCGGAGCUAACGCUGGUGCUGCCCCACCCCAAGACCGACAGACAAGACUCUGCUGAGCUGUCUGUCCAGCAGAGGGUCUUCAACAUUGCUAACGAGCUGCUGCACACAGAGACCGCCUACGUGGCUAAGCUCCACCUCCUGGACCAGGUGUUUCUGUCUCGACUCCUGGAGGAGGCUCGGUCUCGCUCCUCCUUCCCCUGUGACGUUGUCCAGGGGAUCUUCUCCAACAUCUGCUCAAUCUACUGCUUCCAUCAGCAGUUCCUCCUGCCAGCCCUGCAGAAACGGAUGGAGGAGUGGGAGUCCAACCCCCGGGUCGGGGACAUCCUGCAGAAGUUGGCUCCCUUCCUGAAAAUGUACGGAGAAUAUGUAAAGAACUUUGACCGGUCGAUGGAGCUCUUGAACAUCUGGACGGAGCGAUCAACCCAGUUCAAGACCAUCGUGCAGGAGACGCAGAGGGAGGAGCGCUGUAGGAACCUCACCCUGCAACACCACAUGUUAGAACCUGUUCAGAGGAUUCCUCGAUAUGAGUUGCUGCUCAAAGAUUAUCUACACCGGCUGCCCAAGGAUGCCCCGGACCACAGGGACGCCCAGAAGUCUCUGGAGUUGAUUGCGACAGCAGCAGAACACUCCAACGCUGCCAUCAAGAAGAUGGACCGGAUGAGGAAGUUGUUGAAAGUGUACGAGUUGUUGGGCGGAGAAGAAGACAUCGUAAACCCGACAAACGACCUCAUCAAAGAGGGACACAUCCUGAAACUGUCCAACAAGAACGGGACCACCCAGGACCGAUACCUCAUCUUGUUUAAUGACAGGUUGCUGUACUGUGUCCCGAAGCUGCGUCUGAUUGGUCAGAAGUACGGCGUGCGAGCUCGCAUCGACGUGGACGGGAUGGAGCUUAAGGAGACCAGCAGUGUUUCAGCAUCCAAGACAUUCCUGGUGUCAGGAAAACAGAGAUCCCUAGAGCUGCUUGCCAGGACAGAGGAGGAGAAGAAC